AUGGCCCAGCCAGCCCACCGCAUCUGCUCUACCUUUGGCUUCUGGGGCUGCAUCUUCGUCCUUCUAGCUUCUUGGGAGGCAGGAGCCCUAGAAGGGUCCAAGGACCAUGGGGAGAAGACCACCGUAGCCAAUGGGAAGACCACCAGAGCCCCAGAGGGGUCUAAGGACCAUGGGGGGAAGACCACAGGAGCCCUAGAAGGGUCCAAGGACCAUGGGGAGAAGACCACCCUAGCCAAUGGGAUGACCACCAAAGCCCCAGAAGGGUCCAAGGACCAUGGGGAGAAGACCACCGUAGCCAAUGGGAAGACCACCAGAGCCCCAGAGGGGUCUAAGGACCAUGGGGGGAAGACAACAGGAGCCCUAGAAGGGUCCAAGGACCAUGGGGAGAAGACCACCCUAGCCAGUGGGAAGACCACCAGAGCCCCAGAGGGGUCCAAGAACCAUGGGGGGAAGACCACAGGAGCCCUAGAAGGGUCCAAGGACCAUGGGGAGAAGACCACCCUAGCCAAUGGGAUGACCACCAAAUCCCCAGAAGGGUCCAAGGACCAUGGGGAGAAGACCACCGUAGCCAAUGGGAAGACCACCAGAGCCCCAGAAGGGUCUAAGGACCAUGGGGGGAAGACAACAGGAGCCCUAGAAGGGUCCAAGGACCAUGGGGAGAAGACCACCCUAGCCAGUGGGAAGACCACCAGAGCCCCAGAGGGGUCCAAGGACCAUGGGGGGAAGACCACCCUAGCCAAUGGGAAGACCAAAAGAGCCCCAGAAGUGUCUAAGGACCAUGGGAGGAAGACCACCUCAGCCAUUGGUCCUUUUACUCUCACCACAUCUCACGUGGAGCUGAGUUCCACCACGUCAGAGACCCCAAGCAACAAAAGCCAUUCAUAUCAGAACAAAGAUGGCUCACAGAGAGGUCUUCAUGCUGGAGGAAUGAGAGAGAAUGAUUCAUUCCCUGCAUGGGCCAUAGUUAUUGUGGUCCUGGUGGCUGUGAUUCUCUUCCUGAUAUUCCUUGGCCUUAUCAUUUUGGUCUCCUAUAUGAUGAAAACACACCAUGCACUGAUCCAGAACAAGAAGGACAAUGACCCAGAGAAUGAUGGGGGUCCUAACUCCUACCCAGUCUACCUGAUGGAGCAGCAGACUCUUGGCAUGGGCCAGAUCGCUUCCCCACGGUGA